CUCACGCGCGGCCCGGCGCACUAUUCGCGCAGCAUCGCAUCGCGUCCAAAACAGUCCCGGCGAUCUCCCUCUCGUAGAUGCAGCAGCUACUCGCAGACUCCCAUCAAAUCGCCGGACGCUGUCAUCGUCCGUCCUGACACCACCAACACCACCGCAUCAGUUCAGUGCUCCCAACGACGCACCAGUGUUUUUUUCACGAAUUUUUCUUCGUCUUCCACCUUCACCUUCGAAUUGCGCCGAAUCGACAAGCUUGUGAGAGAGGCCCGAGAGGAUCGCAACGCUAGUACGCCGGCGUACGCGCAAAAGUGAAAAGUGUUGUAAAUUGUAACAUAGCAGCUGAAAAAUUGCGGUGACUAUUAUAUAUCUCGCUCGAGUUGAAGCAGGAGGCUGCUGCUGCUGCUGACACACGUACGGCCGGUUUCCUGCGAGCAAGAUAACCCACUAGUAACAAAGAAGCACGACAAUGGCGUCGGCGGCUGCGGAGCUGGUGGUGGAGCGGGAGCCGGAGCCUAGAGUGGACGCGAGUAGCCUCGUGGUCGACGCCAACCGGACGUUCGUCGGCGCCGAGGGUCUUGUCCGUAUGGCCCUCGACCAGUACACCGAGAUCCUGACCACAGUCUCGGAUCCCAGGGUCAGCAACUGGCCCCUGAUGGACUCACCCAUACCGACCUUCCUCAUCGUCGUGCUGUACCUCUACAGCGUCACCCUUCUGGGACCCAGACUCAUGGCCAACCGCAAGCCCUUCCAACUGAGGAAUAUUCUGGUCGCUUACAAUGCGUUCCAGGUUAUAUUCUCGUUGGGAAUGUUGUAUGAGCAUCUGAUGUCGGGAUGGCUACUGGACUACAGCUACAAGUGUCAGCCCGUCGACUACUCGCACAAUCCGUUGGCUCUGAGGAUGGCCAACCUCUGCUGGUGGUACUUUAUCAGCAAGUUCACCGAGUUUGCCGAUACGAUAUUCUUCGUUCUGAGGAAGAAGGACAGCCAGGUGACGUUCCUACAUCUGUAUCACCACUCGCUGACGCCCCUGGAGACCUGGAUCUGCGUAAAGUUCAUCGCCGGCGGCCAUGGAACCCUCGGAAAUCUCAUCAACAAUGCCGUACACGUGGUCAUGUACUUCUACUACAUGCUCGCCGCCGCCGGACCUGAGUACCAGAAGUACCUCUGGUGGAAGAAGCACCUCACCACCGUUCAGCUGGUGCAAUUCUUCCUGGUGUUUGUGCACAGCGCCCAGGCCUUGGUCUUCGACUGCGGAUACCCCAAGCUCGUCGCCGCUCUUCUCCUACUUCACUCGACGAUCUUCUUCGUCCUCUUCUACGACUUCUACCUGCAGGCCUACCGCAGGAGGCAGCAAACCGCCAACAAGCAGCUCAAGUCCGAGUAGAGCGUCACUUUAUCGACCAAGACCAGAAAAAAACAAGACAAAAGAGAAAACAAAAUGACGUGACAGUAAAUAAAAAAGAAGUAUGGAGAGCUACGGUAACUCCAUUCAUCGGUCCCGUCGACGACCUGCAAGCGAUAAAACAAACGCGUAUACAGUUGAAUAGCGAAAUUUUCAAGGUUAUGUAGGUUAUGUUAAGAGGGUAGAGGGUGCGCGCGCCGCCGACGGGACCGCGCGCGGGUUUUUUUUUUACUUUUUUCGUUCGCGUGCAAUCUAGUCCUCGCGCCGACGCGAUUUUUUUCUGUACGAAGGGGGCGCGUCGGAGAGCUCGCGAAUUUCUGGGAUAGGAGGAACCACGGAGAGCGCGAAGGAGUGGCAGGGGUCCUCGCGUUCGCACUGAUAAUCUUUUGUGUACAAUUUUUACUCUUUUUCUUAAAGUUUCGUAUAUAUCAUGCGUCUUCUUUACUUUUUGGGAUCGAGAAAUUUGUUGUAAGAAGAUCCGUCUUCUGUCUGAUCUUUUUCUUCACUCGAUUGCGCCAUAUAUAUGAAUUUGACUAAGUCUUAUUGGGACUUUUCUGCUCUGAUAUACUAUCUCGUGUAAGUAAUCGUAAAUCGCUGUUGCAGAAGAAGCGAUGGAAAUUAUUUGUAGAAACCAAAUAAUUUUACAUUGCUGUAUCUGUGUUUGUCAAAUGCAAAGAAUAAAUAAACGUCGGUAAAGUAGGACAGACCAAAGUAGCUUUGGUGACGUUCCGUUUUUACCGACUGUGCAUUUCACCAACACAUAAUCGGGACACGCAUACCAAUCUCUGUGUGAUUGAAAACUCAAUUAUAAAAUUGUAAGAACGCGUGCUACGAUACUUCUUUCGUAGAGUGGUUUUGUCCAUGAUAAUUUUUCUUAACACGAUGUAAAUAGAGGAUAAGGAGAGUUUAAUGUUUUUACUAUAGAGAAUAUAAAUUAGUUUUAUUGUCUCAAAAACUUUUGUACGAUAUCAAGUUAUAAGAAGUACUUAUUUGGAGAGAUUUUUAAGCAUACUCAUAUUUAAUCAGUGUAAUUAGAGAAUAUUUGAAGCGUACUAUUUAUUGUUUUGGAUGUAAACUUCACGUUCCGCAGCAACGUAAAGUUAACGCAAUCUUCGAAUUCGAUUAAGCUCAAAUAAGUAUCUAGAACAUUAUUAAAAUUGUGCCCACAUUUAAUAUCAACAUAUUAUGUCAAUAACCAUAACAAAAUCUUACUAUUGUACAACAUCCCUCGAAAAAGUACACAUUUAUCUUAAUGUAUCUUAUCAUACAUAGCGAUGUAAGGGAGCAUAAUUUAACGGAUACAAAGUAUAUAUAGAGGAGAUCAAAAGCAACAUAUGUUAAAAAUAAAAUAAAAAAAUAUAUUUAUUGUUUGUCCACCAACGACUUUCUCAAUUCCACGGACAGGCUUAUUUCUUUCGCGUGCCGUGCAUUUAGAGAAGGGAACAAAGAAAUUAAAUUCUCAAUGCGCACCGAUACACGUAUUUAACUGUUGAAGACAGUAGUGAAGUCUCUGUGAAUUCAUACCUCAAAUCAAAAGAGAAAAAAGUAACCGUAUGAAAAUCCUGUGGACACUUCGGAGUUUUGUCUUUCAAUAUUCAAAUGUUUUACAUGCUGUGUUUUUUGUAGAACGAAAAACUCACCAAGCUCAAUAAGUGACAGUGAAAAAUGGUAUAAAUAAUGGAUUAGUGAGGUUGUGUCUCGAUGACAAUGAAACAAUUAUUACCUUCUUUUAUGUCUCAACUGUAUUAGGUGUACGUUUAGCUAGUAGGAUAAAUUGUGUUUGGGUUACUUAAUUCUUGGGGGUCGCUACAUAAAAGGAAAUUCUCCGUCGCGAUUGCGGACGAACGUUUUUGUAGAGUGAGGCAACAUCGUUGUACUUUUCGGGUAUGCUAAGUGUUUGAUUUGAAAAAUUGCUCGUAUACACAAUGUGUGUAUGUACAAUGUAACUUGCGCCGAGGGAAUUGAAAAUUUCGAGAAAAAAAUCAUCAGCAAUAUCUGUGCACGUUCAUAAUUAAUCCACUGUAUUAUUAUAAACGUAUCGCGCCGUGAAAGCCAAACUAAGUUAUGCAAUGUAACAGACAUAUAUAUAUAUAUAUAUAUAUAUAUAUAUAUAUAUGUAUAGUGUAUAUAAAAAAACCCACUGUAAUGAUUUUUGAGGAUAAUAAUUAGAGCAGGAGAAUAAAUUAUGUACAUGAAUAUGUUACACACUGGUUCUUCGAAAGAAUGCAUCUGCAAUAUAUGCUACUGUGACAUUUUUUUUUCGCUCAGAGCGCGCGUGGAAGUGAUAUCAUCCUCGUGUGUGUAUAUCGUGCUGGAAAAUGUGUUCAGAUGUAUUUACGAUACGGAUCACGCGAGUCUCAAUGUAUCUGAUAGCCAACGAUUUUAUUAAAUUUUUGUAUGUAUUUCUAGAGUUUAAUUAAAAAAUAAUAUUACAAAUCAAGGAUU